AUGCCGAUUGAUGAUUCAUACCUUCCCUGUGGGUAUGAAUCAGGUGACGAUGAAAUUUUUCUUGAAGUACUCAACAAUUCAAACAUUACCAUAGUUGAUGGAAAAAUUCAAGAAGAUUCAAUUCAAAAAUGCUGUCCACAAGCAUUAUAUAGUCUUCCAGGUACAGUGUGGGAAGAGAUAUCCAUGGAAGUCAAGAUGAAGAUUUAUCUACAAUUAUUCCUCAAAGAUGCAAAGAUUACUCAUCUUACACCAACAUCGGCCAAACAAUUAUUGAAAAUGCUCUACAAAUUACCAGAAUUUAUAAGGAUUACGAUCAAAGAUGGCUAA